UCGCACCGGCAUUGAAGACCCCGUUGAGCUUGGUGAAACCCGAUUGAACAAAAGUCCUCGCCAGCCGUGCAAGCCUCUGUCCCGACACAAGUCAACACAACUUGACACAACACAACUCAACUCAACUCAACUCAACUCAAACAGGAGCAUGGAAACGCCCGACCAAACCGACCGGCGCCAUCGCCGAGCACCACGGACCCCGUCCUCCUUUUCGUUUCGGCGGACCGUGGUUCUUUUGUUGGCUGCGAGCGGGCUGUCCGCGGUUCGGUCCCUGUCGCCGCCUUCCUCGCCUCGGCCGCCCAAUACAAAUACAAACACGAAAACGGAAACAAAUUGCCUUUCCGACCACCACCCGAUCGGCGGCCACCCCCAAAAGAACAAGAAUCCCAGCAGCAGCAGCAAUAGCAAUAGCAACCACCAACGCACACUCCCAAGCCGCCGGCAGCUGCUGGACGAGACGGCGAGGAUCACUGKUGCCGCGAUUGCCGCCGGCAGCGGUGCUCCAUGGAUGGCAGGGAUCCAGCCAGCAGCGGCGGUGGCGGCUCCCUCCGAUGCCAAACCGCGGGGACCCGUUGUUGCCGUGGUCGGUGCCUCUGGGAGAACCGGCCGUCUCUGCGUCGAUGCGGUAAGCAAGAACCUGCCCCGAGUGCAUCGAAUCGAAUCGAAUGGCAUGGCGUGGCGUGGCAUUGGUGUGCAUUUCGUGUCGCAGUGUCUCGGUCUUGCGCGAAAUUUCGUCGUCUCCGGGUCGAACCCGCAACGAGUCUCUGAACGCCUCUUUUUGUUCUCUCUGCCCUUGCGCGACACCAAACAAAUCCAUCCCGCUACUGCUUUGUUUGGUUCUGUUUUGUUUUCUUUGUUUUCUUUUUUUUUCACACCGCUCCACUCGUCUUGUUUCCCUCCGUCCGCCGGACCACGCCAGUGCCUCCGACGGGGAAUCCGGGUCCGGGCCCUUACCCGCACCGGGGAAUGGACCGCCCCGGCCACCCCCGAGGGUGCCCCCCGGCCCUUUGGGGGCGACACCACCGGCCUCCUCUCGGUGGCGAGGUGCGACGUCGCAAACGACUCGGACCAAUCGAUCGGGGAGGCCCUUUCCGGCUGCGGGGCCGUGAUCUACGCGGCCUCCGCCUCCAAGGCCGGGGGGACGGCCCUCGCCGUCGACCACACCGGCGUGACCAGGGUGGCGAGCGCCUGCCUGGGGGUCGGGGUGAACCGGUGCGUGCUCAUCUCCUCGACGGCCACUACGAGGCCGAAGAGCCUGGGGUACGUCUUUACGAACCUGGGGGUCGGGGGGAACAUCAUGGGGGAGAAGCGGAACGGGGAGCGGGCGCUGAUCGAGGCCUUUGAGGCGGCGGGGGAGAGAACCCUUGCCCAAGGCGCGGCCCUUCCGUCCUACGCCAUUUUGCGGCCCGGCGGGCUGGAAGAACCCAAGCGCAACAAGGUCCUCGGGCCCCCUUCGCUCGAGCUCUCCCAGGGGGACGUCUUCUCCGGGAUCAUAAGCCGGGCCGACGUGGCCGAGCUCACGGUCGAGCUGGCCCUGUCGGAAGCUGCCGGGACGAGGAACACGGCCCUCGAGCUGUACUACACGGAUUCGGUGGUUCCCGUCGAAGCGAGGUUCGGGGGGCUGCUGAAAUCCGAAUCGGCGUCGGCCGGCAGCAAGCUCCGUCUCCACGGAGGCACCUACGAGGAGCUGCUGGGAGGCCUCGCCCCGGGCAUCGAUUUUGCCGCGGUGUCCUAGAACCAGCCGGGCGGAGGUGGCGGCGGAGGAAUCGCAAUAGCAGUAUUGCGUUUCUCGCUCGUCGUUGCUGUCAACAACAAGACAUGGUGCUGCUGCGAUGACCAUUUGCUGGUUCAGGCGUACGCCGAAUCGGUGUCGAUGCUGCUGAUUUCCUGCGUCAGAUCCACAUCGAUAGACAAACGACGAGUACUACUAGUAGUGCGUAUGGCAUGAGGAGCCAGCCGAUGCAAGGAAUGCUGAUUGGGUUUGAUCCACCAAGCAGCACCAGCAGCAGCUUUUCCAACACUGGGAUGUGAGACAGCUUGCAGCAACAACAACAAGAUGCAAAUACAAUCCACUGCUAUUGCUGGAGGAAGUGAUAGAAAAAUAAACCUUGUCUGAUUUAAAUGCUGAUAAAAGCUGCUAAUAGAAUCUGCUGCUAUUG